AUGUCGGCAACUAAUGCGCCCCAGAAGCGCAAGCAGCCAUCCCCAGAGCCGUCCUCCUCAAAGAAGCCGCGCACCCAAGAAAACAACAACACCCUGAUAGGCCCCCACGAGGCCACCCUCGAGGAACUCGCUCCCGCGCACAACGUCCUCGCCCUCUCCGUCCUCUCGUCCACGCAGAUCCGCAAGCGAGUCUCCAGCGCGACUUCACACCUCCUUCAAAAGGCCUCGGGCUCACGGAUAGUCCUGCUUCAUGCGCGGCCGGCAGAUGUUUGCAAGAUGAUUACCGUGGCGGAGCAGUGCAAGAGAGUGCUUGGAGAACAAGGCCAGGCGUGGCAUCAGUACAACGAACUGUACGAUCUACCUCCGGAGAGCGCGAAGAAAAAGCAGAAGAAAACCACGUCCGAGAGAGUAGAGGUAGACGAGGAAGCUGAAGAGGAGUCCGACAGCGACAAGGGUGCUUUUGAGGCCAUGGAAAGUCGAUUCGAGAAAGCCGUGCUGCCGCCGCCGCGGGUCCGGACGUACAAGUCCCUGAGAAUAUUCCUUUCACAUGAGGCGAUUCCGGAACUCAAGUCGAGAGAAAACGUAACGGUACAGACGAGCGAAGACACUUCAUGA